CCUUCACAGCACAGGACCCUCACGAGGAGAGGACAUAUGGACCUACAUCAAGCUAUUUACUUCUUUUCAGGUGGAUGAGGGCUGUGGGAAUAAGACAACAUUUGUUGGAAUGAUCAUUCUAUAAUUCUUGAUCGGAAAUCCAUGUUAUAUUUUUCAUGUUUGGAAAUCAAUCGGGAGAGACGUUAGAAACUCUGUGGCUCUGUAUGCUAUACAUAGUUAUAAUUGAUUGGAAUUUUAAGCAUGAAAUACCUUUUCAAACAGAUUUUCGUUGUUUUCGUGUGAGACUUUACAUCUAACAUUGUUGAGCGAGACGCCUAAGGAAUGUAGUGAUAACAUCUUAUUAUGUGAGUUUCGGGUCUCCUACACCAGCGGGCUAAAAAAGAAAAAAAGAAGACAUUUUCUGCCAUAGUUAUGGCCAAGACAGCAACUCGGACCCUACUCUUCCUGUUGAGUUUGAGUGUAUGUGUUUGCACCUCAGGCCUCCAACAGUCUGCUCCAAGGGUACGCCUGUCCUUCAAAGAGUUGUUGGACACCAGAGCAGCGCGGCCCUUCUCCUUCUCCUUCAACACCAGUGACUACCGUAUCCUGCUGAUGGACCAAGACCAGGGCCGUCUCUACCUGGGCAGCCGGGAGUACCUGGUGGCCCUGGACAUGCACAACGUCAACAAGGAGCCACUCAUUAUCCAUUGGCCAGCCUCUGACAAGAGAAAAGGGGAGUGUCGGAUGACAGGAAAAGGAGGACAGGGUGAGUGUGCAAACUUUGUGCGUAUGAUAGAGCCAUGGAACCGCACCCACCUGUACACCUGUGGGACCGGAGCCUACCAACCCAUCUGCACCUUCAUCAACAGAGGCUGGAAGGCAGAGGAUUAUGUGUUCAGGUUGGUUCCUGGAUUUAUAGAAUCAGGGAAGGGCAAAUGUUCCUACGAUCCUUUCCAGGAGAACAUUGCUGCUCUCAUCAAUGGGAAUCUGUAUGCAGGUGUCCAUGUAGACUUCAUGGGGACAGACCCAGCACUCUUUAGGACCAUGGGGGGCAGAACAGCAGUCAGGACAGAGCAGUAUGACUCAAGGUGGCUCAAUGAGCCUGUGUUUAUUCAGAUUCAACAGAUACCUGACAGUGCAGAGAGGAAUGAUGACAAACUCUACUUCUUCUUCCGGGAGAAGAGUUUGGAUGCAGGUGGAGGGGCCAGCCCCAGUGUCCUGGCCAGAGUGGGACGAGUGUGCCUGGAUGAUGAAGGGGGUCAGAAGUCCCUGGUCAACAGAUGGACCACCUUCCUGAAAGCCCGCCUCAUCUGCUCUGUGAUCGGAGAGGAUGGGGUGGAGACCUCAUUCGACGAACUGAGGGAUGUUUUCAUCCAGCCCACGCAAGAUGAACGCAACCCUGUGGUCUAUGCCCUGUUCACUACUGCUGGCUCUGUGUUCAAGGGUUCAGCAGUCUGCGUCUACUCCAUGGCUGACAUCCGCAACGUCUUCAAUGGACCUUUCUCCCACAAACAUGGUCAUAACUACCAGUGGACAGUCUACACUGGCAAGAUUCCCUACCCUCGCCCUGGCACAUGUCCAGGAGGAACAUUUACUCCAGGCAUUCGUACCUCUAAGGACUUCUCAGAUGAGGCAGUGAACUUUAUGCGAGCCCAUCCCCUCAUGUACCACCCUGUGUACCCUAUCCACCGUCGCCCCCUGGUGGUGAGGACUGGUGUGGACUACCGCUUCACUGCCCUGGUGGUGGACCAGGUGGACGCCGUAGACGGCCGAUACGAGGUGCUCUUCCUAGGCACAGAUCGUGGCACUGUCCAAAAGGUCAUAGUUUUACCUAAAGACCCGAGCACCAUGGAGGAGCUCACCCUGGAGGAAGUGGAGGUUUUCAGGACACAUGCUGCUGUCAAAACAAUGAAGAUAUCAUCUAAAAGGCAACAGCUGUAUGUGUCGUCAGAGGCGGGGCUAACCCAGGUGUCUCUCCACCGCUGUGGGGUGUACGGGAGGGCCUGCUCCGACUGCUGUCUGGCACGGGACCCUUACUGCGCCUGGGAUGGGGAGAGCUGCUCCGCUUUCACCCCCGCCACCAAGAGGAGGAGCAGAAGGCAGGAUGUGAAACAUGGGGAUCCACUGCGACAGUGCAGAGGCUUCAAUGCCAAAGUGGAGAAGCGUCUGAGAGAGACAGUCCAAUUUGGUGUGGAGGGGAGCAGUACAUUUCUGGAGUGUCAGUCUCGCUCUCCUCAGGCCACAGUCAAGUGGCUCUAUCAGAGGGGAGGAAGAAGGAAAGUGCUCAACCGGGACAGAGAGUAUCUGAAGACGCCCCUGGGAAUCCUUCUGAAGUCUCUCAGCCAAUCAGACGCUGGUCUGUACCACUGCCUGGCCACGGAGAACAACUUCAAACACACGGUGGCCCGUGUGGCGCUGCGCAUCCUGGACCGAGACAUCGUGGUGGCCCUCACCUCCCCUGAUGAUGACCCCAUGACCUCCAACAGCCCUCCCAACGAGCGGGGGAGACAACGUGACCCCCAGCAGCCAAAGCACCCCCCAACCCUCCCUCUCACAGACACCCCAUCCCAGCAAGAAAUCAGGUUGAUCCACCAGUACUGUCAGUCUUACUGGGAGCAGUUAGGGCUCAAGCAGCAGCAGCCCAAACGCACCUCCAGGAGACACACAGAGAGCCAGAAGACCCACGGUGGAUAGCGGACUGGACCUUUCCAACACUAGCCAGCCAGGACACUCCAUAUGAUAGACUAGAGAUCCAUGUUUGACACCAAACAUGACUUUCAUCUCCCUUUGUAUAAUGACAGGUGGUGACACCGUCACACAACCCAGUAUCUCAGUAUAGAAAUGUAAUAUAUUGAUAUGUGUAUAUAUCAUAUGAUAAUAAUAGAUUCAUGGUUUAUUCAUGUAUAAUAAUUAUGAUAUCAAAGAAAAAACAUUUGCCUUUGCACGGUUUAUUCAGUUUGGAAAUGUGUACAUUUUGCUGUUCAACGUUGAGAGAUAAUAAUUGUAUGGUGUGAUGUAUGUAUUUGUCUACUAAUACCAUAUGUGAUAUUGUAAUUGUGGUGACUCUUGCGCUCUCUAACAUCUUUGUGACCUAUGUUUGUUUGAGGACGUGUAGCGAUACAGUAUUCUUUAAAUUAUGCACUUUGAUAGUGGUUGAUUGACACGUAAAUGAGGAAUCUUUGCACAAAACAGACAAUAUCUACAUGUAGAAGAUUAAGACGGGAAAUCAUAUGUGUGCAUAAUAUUAGUUAUAAUACUACAUUCCAGCAAUAUCAAAUCGUCACUUUUAAUGGGAACAGGUAGAAAGAAUGUGUGUAGACCUCACCAUCUUUUAUGAUGAUAUUGAGCAACAUACUGUAAUGUAAUGUAAUGUACAUACUCAGCAUGAGUCCUACACUUGAAACGUUCAAACGACAAAUAUAAAAAUAUGUUAUCCUA